UGUAUAAAUAAGUAUAGCUUUCACACAGCUUUUGCAUAUGUGUGGUGACAUGUGCUUUAACAGAUAAUGGUAACAUGCUUCUAAUAGCAGGGAGGAGAUUAUUUCUCAUAGUGAGGAGAGGGAGGGAGAUGAGUGCGCUUUCAAAUCUAUAACGUGUAAAGCUUUCCCAUGCCGCAAGGAAGAAAGACGGAAAGGGGGAAAUUGUUUUAUUUUUCAUUCUCUGAGCUCUUGCUGGCUGUGACAUGUCUUGGAACUACUGAAAUGUGAGUGAAGCUGUUGAAAAGUCUAGUGCCGAAGAGGGAGUUCUCCUCUCCAUUCGUAAGGCUUCUGAAGAAUUGUGAAGACCUUGCUUUAUCUCUAUCUUCAUCACCUCUGGAAAUCGUAUUGCCGGGUGUAUUUAAAUUGAUGUCCUCUGCUACUGAAAUCUGCUUCAGCACCAUGACAACCGGAGUAGCAGAAGUUGGGGGAUUGCCCUUGGAGUCUUUGGUGACUUGUAAGCUGUGCUUAUCUGAAUAUUCACUGGAUAAGAUGACCGCACUUCAGGAUUGCAACUGCAUCUUUUGUACCUCGUGUCUAAAGCAAUACGUACAAUUGGCCAUCCGUGAAGGGUGUGGUUCUCCCAUCACUUGUCCAGACAUGGUCUGCUUAGGCCAUGGGAUGCUGCAAGAAACAGAGAUAGCCAGCUUGGUGUCUGCAGAGCAAUUUCAAUUGUACAAGCAGUUGAAAUUUGAAAGAGAAGUGUACUUGGAUCCACUGAGGACCUGGUGUCCCUCUGCUAAUUGUCAGACUGUGUGCCAAAUUGAACCAAGCGACUCUGGAUUACCAGUGCCUAUAAAAUGUCAGACGUGUUACUUGACAUUCUGUUCAUCGUGCAAAGAGCCUUGGCACGUGGAGGGAUCAUGCUCAGAAGGCCAUUUGAUGGGGAUUGCAAGUGAGCAAGGAACACUUAUUAAAAACAACUCAGAAGCUCUAAUUAAACAAUGUCCAGUUUGUCGGAUCCAUAUUGAACGGAACGAAGGCUGUGCUCAAAUGAUGUGUAAAAAUUGCAAGCACACAUUUUGCUGGUACUGCCUACAAAAUUUGGAUAAUGACAUCUUCUUAAGGCAUUAUGACAAAGGUCCCUGUCGAAAUAAACUGGGCCAUUCACGAGCCUCAGUUAUGUGGAACAGAACACAGGUUGUUGGCAUCCUAGUAGGCCUGGGAAUCAUCGUUUUGGUAACAUCUCCAUUACUUCUCUUAGCUUCGCCGUGCAUCAUUCCCUGCAUCUGCAAAUCCUGCCAAAGCAAGAAAAAGAAACACGGCCCACCACCAACAUAAAAUGUUCUGCCUAUUUUGGAUGUGAAUGUCUAUUGUGUUUGUCAGGAAGAAGACUAACGGUUGACAUCUUGCACUGUGCUUUACUAACCAAUGCUCCUUUGUUUUGCCAACUUCUGUAAAAAGUGCCUACUGGUUCACAGGUUGCCACUUUAUUUGCAAGCUGCAGUUCAGGGGGGUGGGGGGUGAGGGGGUAUUUGUUGUGAUCUGGGUUAAUUCUGUUUUUUCAUUUUUUUAAUGGAGCCAGACUUGUAAGAUAUUUUAAGGCGUUUCAGAAUGACUGCUUUGUUGAAAUCAGCACAUGAAAUUACAGCUGUUCAAUAGAUUCUGAAUGGCUAUUGAUUUUCAGAAACCUUGAUACUAUAUCUCCUGAAGAAAUUGUGCAGUUGAGUAAGAAAAUAAAAUGUGUAAUCCCCCAAUUUUAAAAGAAAAUGUUGGUUACUUAAAAUGUUAGAUUUCUAGUGCAGACUUAGUGGCGGUUAAAAAAAAAACCUCAAUUCUUUAAAGUUAUUGUACAACUUUUUUUUUUUUUUUUAAAAACUAUAACUAAAAAGGGGGAAACCAUAAAACUCAAGUGUUGAAAAUCACUGAUAGAUCAUCUUGCCAAUUUACAUUUUUUUUCAAAGGCAAGUCAGGUCAAAUAAUUUAUUUAAAAUAAGUUCUACUUGGCUACAGCACCAAAACCAAUAAUAUGAGUCUGGUCAUACAUUGAAAGCAUAAAAUGUUGAGCAGAUCACCCUAUUUGUAUCACCCUGGCCUAUAAAUUAAUUAUUUCCAAACAGUUGAUAAAUCUGGAGUGCUAGUUGAGAUGCUAGCUUUGGUCCAGAAGUUGGAAGUGUAGCAUAACUGACCUGAAUGUGACAUAACUGCAAGGGUGGGAGUCUACCAGAUUGGACUACUUCGGACGAACCAUUAGUUCCGGUGACUGUCUGGCCCCGCCUACCCAUCCCUGCUCUUUGCUGUGCUUUAUUUCCUGGUUUUUUAGCACACCUGAUUUGCGCGACAGAGCAGUUUGCCGUGCCUCAGCUGUUUCAGUCACCGGGGCUGCAGUAGAAGGUAAGUAAUUCAGCUGAAAAUGGGCUUUUUAAAACGUAGAGCAUGCGUGUGAAGCACGCGUUCACCGAACCGAUUGUUAUACCGGUUGAAUCGCACCAUUGCAUAACUGGGUCUUUAUUUUUCUCUAGAUUUCAUUAUUACUAUCUUAUUCUUCAUAGCUGAAGUUUAGCAGAGGAAUGAAAAUGAUAUUGAGACAUAAGGAGUUUGAUCAUCAGUUGGGAACAACUGAACUUGCCAAAAUGUUUGCCUUUGUAGACAUACUGUUCAGUAAAGAAUAAUAAACCAAGGAUAUGAUCCAAAUAAAUAUUGUUGCAACAGAUAGUAGCCAUUUUGUUGAGCUAGGGAGAAAUUGUGAAAAUAACACAGUGUUCUCUGAACAAAUGUUUGUAAGUUGUGGACGACUUGUGUAUCUAAAACAAAACUGUGAAGAUAACAUACAGCUCAAAACAAGUUCCACAUGAAAGCAUAAUUAAUAAAUCUAAUUUUCAGAUGAAGUAACUACUUGCCCAUGUUGGAGUAUCUAUUAUCUUAAAACAGAUCUUCAGCUAGUGUGAAACCAAAAAAAGGCACGCCUUGAAAACAUUGGAAAAGAACAAAGGAUGAUGGAGAAUAUGCAGCUCUGCAGUCUUGGUUACAAGAAAAUAUUUCUCUAUUCUGAUCAUGCCUUCAUUCACCCCACCCCAUUCUAUAAGAAAAGGUGGCAUUACAUAGAUAAGUUUAUGUAUUCUGUGGUACAUAAUCAAAUACAUCAAGGGAAGCCAUGUAUGUUUCAUAAUGCUCAAAAUGUUGUCUAAUGUCAUAAUAUUGUCUGGACUUCUACAAGAAUGUUUUUUUUUUAAUAAGCUUAAAUUAUUGGAUCAUUUACUGUAGAAAUAAAUUGCCAUAUCAUCAAGGAA